GGACAAGGUGAGACGGAGCCGCAUCUCGUCUGGUAUUCCCAGUUUCUCACUGCGCAGUGUGUUGUCGCAUGUGAGACGGAUGCAGGUGUCCCGUCAUUUCUCCAUUCAUCUCCAGGACUAGCGUCAUAUUCUUUCAACGCGAGGACAUCCCAAGCUUCAUCAAACAUUAAAUCUACCAUGAUGACCAAAUCGUACACCUUCCUCUGCGCUUCCAUCCUUUCGCUCAUCCCAUCGGUGAUAGGACACCAAUACUGCCCAGACUGGAAGAAGAUUAUAAACAAAGAUUACACUCAGCAAGCGGCGCAGAGGCCAGUGGUGCAGAGGGAGCCAUGUAGAUGCACCAAAUCCCCCGAUGGCGACGUGACUGUGGAUUGCUCCAAAGCCAGGACAGGUUGGGAGAUCAGGGAGGCCUUCCAUGAUGCCUCCUGGCCCUCCACUCAACUUUGGAGAUUCGAGAUGAGGUCGAACACUGACGUGGAUGUAUUCCCAGAAAAUGCAUUCCAAAGCAUCUCCUUCGAGAGCAUAUACAUGUAUGGCACGGUCGUGAAAGCGAUCGAUCCAUCGGCCGUCCUUGCUUCGAAGGACAAGCUCGUUAGACUGGAAAUCCUAUUCAGCCGAUUGGAGGGGUUUCCCGUCGAAAUUCUUCCACAACUUCCAGGUCUCAGGGAUCUGGAUCUCUCCAACAAUCGCUUGACCUCUGUCCCAGCCCUUCAAAGCCAAAGCCUCGAAGAACUCUAUCUUCAGUCGAAUAAUAUUAGCAGAUUGGAGGAAGCUGGAUGGGUGACUCCCAAAUUGAGGAUGUUCUUCUUAUAUGGAAAUCCGCUGUCCGUCUUCCCCUCGGCAGUCAUUAAGAGUUUGGAGAGACUAGAGGAAUUUAGGUGCGGGGAAUGCAAUCUGGGACCUAUCCUUUCAAGUGGGCUGAUAGAGUUCCGCAGCCAAUCCUUGAAGGCGGUCUCGUUCAGUGGGAAUGGUAUAUCAAGAGUGGAGCCGGGAGCCAUCGCAGGCCUAACACCUAAUACAUCGGUUUCCCUACAAGCCAACGAGAUUGCCAUAUUGCAUGAAGAGAGCUUUCGCCCGAUUCUGGAGGUCCUCUCAAAGGGAAAUGGGGUUCUUUCUCUGGGAGAAGGAAUGCUCACAACCGGAGUCAUCACUCACGAACUGGGAGGUUUAACCUCUUCUGCCGUCUAUGUAAGGGUUUUGCCUGCAUCCAGGCUGACGAAAGAAACGUGCUGGAUCGAAGAUAGGGUUCGCACCGACUCAGGCCAGCAAAAAUAUUGCUGGGAUGCAGUCCUUGUGGACGCAAGUGACAAGAUCCUCUGUAGUGGAGCAUUCAUCGAGCGUCAAUUCGUCUCCACCACUGCCUCCUGCUUCUUCUACAACUCGAUAGGUAACAGCAGUGCAAUAGAUGAAGUCGGGGGAAGAAACUACACGGAAUGCGUCGAACAUGGGAAAUAUGUGAUUGGAAGCAUUGUGACCUAUGCGUGCAAUCAGCAUUAUAUUCUCAGGGGAUCACGGAUCCGGACCUGCACCGAGAAUGGUCAAUGGACGGGACACGUUCCAUUUUGUGAGCCCGAAUGUGGGAGAAGGGUGCAGCCAGUGGCGUUGUCAGCAGGGGGUACGCCAUCUGACAUAGGAGAAUGGCCGUGGCAGGUUGCCAUUUAUGAUACGAAGAGGGCAGAGCUCAUAUGCGGCGGGGCUCUGAUUCGGGAACAAUGGGUCCUGACCGCAGCACAUUGCCUGACCGUCGCAGGUACCUCAAGAAUUGGAAGCCGGAAUGACUUCCUUUUCUAUCUCGGGAAACACCAUCGGAACAAUUCCCUGGAUGAUGAAUUCGUGCAAGAGAAAAAGGCAUCUAAGAUCAUCCUGCAGGAAGAUUUCAGCUUACAGAACUUCGACUCUGACAUUGCCAUUGUGAAACUGAUGGAGCCCGCAGUGCUGACCAAGCGAGUCCAAUUGAUAUGUCUCCCAACCCUACAUGAUCUCUCGGAGAGAAAUCUCCAGAAUGGAAGUCGAGGAUGGGUAGCAGCUUGGGGCUUUAAUGGUUCUGAUAUCCUGAGUCACGUGCUGACGGAGGUGGAGAUCCCGGUGAAAUCCAAUCCCGAUUGUCGUCGGGACACCAUGGAUUUCACGCACGACCCAAGUCUUACUCGCACUCUCACCUCGAAUAUGUUCUGUGCUGGACACGAUAAGGACACUCCUCUCGAAGCUUACCAGUCUGUGUGUCCCGGGGAUUCGGGCAGUCCGAUGGUCUUUCAUACGCACGCCUCGCUGGAGAGUCGGUGGCAGGUGGAAGGCAUCGUCAGUCACUUUUUCAGCAGGGAGGCAUGCUCCAUGAGGCGCCCUGGACAGUAUGGUAUUUUCACAAAAGUCAAUCGGAAAUUCAAGAUGGACCAGAACACAAACGUGGUAGAGCUCCCAGAAGGAGCAUUACAAAACGUCUCCUUCGAGAGGAUGAACAUCCGCAACAGCGCCGUGAAGACGAUCCAUCCGUCGGCCCUCCUCUCUUCCGCAGAGACGCUAUCCGUGCUGGAAAUCUUCUCCUGUCACAUGGAGAGUUUUCCCUUCGACGUCCUCCCCCGGCUGACCAAACUCAGGGCUCUCAUCCUCCCGCUCAAUCGCUUCGCGUCCGUCCCGCCCCUUCGGAGCGGAAGCCUCGAGGAACUCUUUCUCAUGUGGAAUAAAAUUAUGAGGUUGGAGAAAGACGGAUGGGCGACUCCUAAAUUGAGAAAACUCGUAUUAGAUGGAAACCCAUUCUCGGAGUUCCCUUCGGACGUCAUCAGUGGAUUGGAGAGACUGGAGGAGUUCUCUUGCGCGGAAUGCAACUUGGGACCGAGCCUUCCGAGCGGGUUCCUCAAUUUCCGCAGCGAGACCUUGAAGGUGGUGAAUCUCGCUUGGAAUAAAAUUGCCAGGUUGGAGUCUGGAGCCAUCACAGGUUUGACACUCGAGACGAAUGUCGAUCUACAGCACAACAAUAUCGCCAUAUUCCCGAAGGAAAGCUUCCACGCCAUUCUACAAGUCCUGUCGCGCGGGAGCGGGAUCCUCAACGUAAAUUCAUUUUCCCCCGAAGGAGGAACACCAGUAGGGAAUACCAUUCAGUGCGAUUGUCAUGCUGAAUGGUUAGCGAACGACCGACUCUUCAAGAGCAUCGGCGGGAAGUGUCGAAACGGAAUCGAAUUUCAGAAAUUCAGCUGGAACGAGUUAGAAUGCCUUCAGCCCUGCCCCUACUCGUGCGUCCAGAUCGGCUUCUUCCCCCUCUGCAAUCCAGAGACGGUCAUCUUGUCGAAGGUGGAGGGCUGCCGAUCCCAGGAGCUGUGCUGCCAGCCGAACUUCCAAUCGAUCGCCGCGGCCAAGACGACGACUCCCCGACCGACAGACUGCGGUCUGACCCCGCGCCCCGACGUCCGGACGGGAAACGAAACGGAGAAGGAUGUCCUCGUGGAAGGCGAGACCGUCCCCGGGUCUUGGCCCUGGACCGCGGCUCUCAAGACGAAGGACGGGGAGUUCGUUUGCGGGGGGACCCUCGUCAACAGUCACUCCGUCCUCACGGCCGCCCAUUGCGUUUACAUGUAUGUCGGCCAUCGCUCUUCUCUCAUCAUCGUCCUAAACUUAGCUGUGAAAUAUAAGACCGCUUCUCCCUCUGAUGUUUUUCGGAGAAGGGAAGAUCCGGGCUCAUUCUACGUGUCCCUCGGCGAUCACGACAGACUUGAACCCGAGGCCGGUCAGCUGGACGUGAAGAUCAGGCAGAUCGUGAUCCAUCCGGCCUUCGAUAUCGACACUCUCCGGUACGACUUGGCGGUCGUUCUCCUGGACAAUCCGGCGCCCUUCCUCAACUAUCCCAAUAUUCGUCCCAUCUGCCUCCCGAAAGCCGACGAGCGUUUCGACGAGGCGAUCAGGGAGGGAGUAGUCGUCGGCUGGGGCCUUCCACAGAGAGGUGGUUUGAAGGUGGGGCCGCUGUCGAGAAAGGAAAAAAUGACGAUCGUUCAUAUAUUCCCUCCCGAGAUCUGCUCCAAAGUGAUCGGGUCUCUCUACGACGAAGAGACGAUGAUCUGUGCCUCGAGCCGGGAGGGACGAGUCUGCAACGGAGACGGAGGAGCGGGGCUGGCAACGAUAACCAGAUACACUCGACAUCCACGGGAAGAGCCAUCGAAGGGCCGGGUACCUGCGGGCGCAAACGAAGGAGCGUGCUCGAGAUCCCCGGUGUUUACUUUGGCAGGAGUGACGUCGUGGGCGAAAGGGAGCUGCGAUCCGAAAAUCCCGUCUGGAUACGUCCGUCUUUCGGCUAGCGUGAUGACUUGGCUCUCGAGGACAUCCGCCCACGGGUUCUUCUGCGCGGAACCUCGACGGUAGCAUUCGUGGAUCGCUCGCCCGACCAAAAUCAUGCCGAAAGAAGUCGAAAGGUCAUGGACAUUUCUGAAAGACGGUUUGCGCGGACGGCAACGGGAUACGGCUUCUACACGGGCUUGGAGUUUCAUGGAUAUUAUUUGACUUUUUUUGUUCUUGUAAAUAUAUGCGUCUCCACUUGCAUACUUUGAAUAAAGGUAUCUCCACG